GAGGUUGUGGCGAGCGCCCCACCCAGGCCUGGCCGCGUUUCCUCAGUGCGAGGCCGCCGCCGCCGCUCCUGCCGGGCGAUUGUGACGUCGCCGCCGCGCUUGGAGCCCCUCCGUCCGACCCGCAGAGCCCCCCGCUGCCGCGAGCCAGGAAGUGUCACGAUGGGGAGGCCGCGGCCUAGCCGCCCGUCCGUUCUUCUGGCGCUGCUGCUGGUGCUGGGAGGCCGCGCAGGCCUCGGCACCGCCUUCUACCUGCCCGGCUUGGCGCCCGUCAGUUUCUGCGAGCCCUCGGACGCCAAGCAGGAAGGUCCCGCCGGAUGCUUGCCCAAAAUUGAGUUGUUUGUAAACAGGCUGGACUCAGUUGAAUCUGUUUUACCAUAUGAAUAUGAUGCUUUUGAUUUUUGCAAAGACCAGACGGAAGAGAGACCUUCAGAAAAUCUCGGACAAGUUCUGUUUGGCGAGAGAAUAGCCUCCUCCCCCUACGAGUUUACAUUUAAAAAAGAUGAAGAGUGCAAGAAAGCGUGCGUAAAAUCUUACGACCCACAGAAGCCAGAAGACAAAAAUAAUCUGGAUUUUUUGAAGAAGGGAAUGCAGUUGAAUUAUCAGCAUCAUUGGAUUAUAGAUAACAUGCCUGUGACUUGGUGCUACGAUGUAGAAGAUAGUCUUAAAUACUGUAAUCCUGGAUUUCCAAUUGGGUGUUAUAUUGCAUCAGAUGGCCGGAUAAAAGAUUUCUGCAUAAUGAGUGCUCAGUUCAACAAGAAGAACACUUUCUAUCUCUUCAAUCACGUAGACAUUACAAUCACCUACCAUAGUGGAAAAGAUGAGAACUGGCCCGGAGCAAGGCUAGUUGCAGCUCAGCUGGAACCCAAAAGUUACAAGCAUACAGAUAUAAACAAUUUAUCCUGUAAGGGUCCCCCUAUGGAAAUCCCUGCAGAAUUUAAUAGCAAACUGGACGUGAUCUAUACAUACUCUGUGAAAUUUGAAGAGAACAACAAUAUAAAAUGGGCUUCCCGGUGGGACUAUAUCUUGAAAUCCAUGCCUCACACCAACAUCCAGUGGUUCAGCAUCAUGAAUUCUCUCGUGAUCGUCCUUUUCUUAUCGGGGAUGGUCGCCAUGAUUCUCCUAAGGACGCUUCAUAAAGACAUCGCAAGAUACAACAAGAUCGACUCUUCAGAAGACGCCCAGGAGGAGUUUGGGUGGAAGCUGGUCCACGGAGACGUGUUCAGGCCGCCCCGGAAAGGCAUGCUACUCUCCGUCUUCUUAGGCCAAGGGACUCAGAUUUUUAUCAUGACGUUCAUUACUUUGUUCCUGGCCUGCCUUGGUUUCCUUUCGCCAGCCAACCGAGGGGCUUUGAUGACCUGCGCGGUGGUGCUCUGGGUUUUGCUGGGGACCCCAGCCGGCUACGUGUCUGCUCGUAUGUAUAAAACGUUUAGAGGAGAAAAAUGGAAGACCAAUGUGUUGCUGACGGCUCUUCUCUGUCCCGGGAUUGUCUUUGCCGACUUCUUCAUUAUGAACCUCAUCCUCUGGGUGAAGGGAUCCUCAGCAGCAAUUCCAUUUGGGACCCUGGUGGCGAUUUUGGCCAUGUGGUUUGGAAUAUCUGUCCCACUGACCUUCAUUGGUGCCUAUUUUGGGUUCAAAGAGAAGCCCAUUGAGCACCCCGUGCGAACGAACCAGAUUCCUCGCCAGAUCCCCGAACAAUCCUUUUUCACCAAGCCUCUGCCGGGCAUCGUCAUGGGCGGCAUCCUGCCCUUCGGGUGCAUCUUCAUCCAGCUCUUUUUCAUCCUGAACAGCAUUUGGUCUCACCAGAUGUACUACAUGUUUGGCUUCUUGUUCUUAGUCUUCAUCAUUCUCCUGAUUACCUGUUCGGAGGCCACCGUCCUGCUGUGUUACUUUCACCUGUGUGCUGAGGAUUAUCACUGGUGGUGGCGAUCAUUCCUAACCAGCAGCUUCACCGCCGUUUACCUCUUCAUCUACGCCAUUCAUUAUUUCUUCUCAAAACUCCAGAUUACUGGCAUUGCUAGCACCAUCCUCUACUUUGGGUACACUAUGAUCAUGGUCUUGAUUUUCUUCCUGUUCACAGGAACAAUUGGUUUCUUUGCUUGCUUCUGGUUUGUUAGUAAGAUUUACAGUGUCGUGAAAGUAGACUGAAGAAUCCCAGUCUGGCUUUUGAAAACACUUCUUGAGUUGCCGGAGACUCACACAUUAACCAUGUACAAAAGAACAAAAGCAUUUCAUCUUAAAAUAGUUAAGGUCCCCAGAGCUUCUAUCUUGGCCCCAAAAGGCAGGUUUUAAAUGGAACGGACGUAAGUGUGGACCCUUCUGAAAAACUGACAUUUUUUUCCAAACACUUCAUCCAGAGAAAUUUGGUGGUGGUGGUUGUUGGUUUACUUGAAAAAGAGCAACACUGAUUUAAUAGCAAAACCCAAAUGCAUUAUGUUUCGACGCUCGGCUCCCCCGGUGGAGAAUUCUCUAAAUCUUUGAUUUCUACAUGGUUAACUGAUUAUUCUGUCACAGAAGAGGGCUGUCCGGUAAAACAAGUGACUUUUAAAAUCAAUUCUGGAUCUCUUUCACAGUUGGUUGUCACCUGAUUCAAGAAUACAGUACUGUUAAAUGUCUAGUGCAGUUUUCUGAGAGGUGGGAGGAAAAACCGAGAGUUCCUCUGUUUUAAAUAAAACAACCCAAUUCCAGCA